GUUUCCUCAUCUCAUCUACAAAAACACACACAAAUUCCCUAGAUAAACACACAAAACCUGCAUAUGCAAAAUUUGACGUUUUGUGUUUAGCUAAUAACAUAACAGAAAGUCUUUGGAUCUUGAUGAAGCUCAUUCAUUAGAGAGACAUGGAGAAAGGAGAAAAGAAUGAAAGAACAGCUUGUAAAUUAGCAGAAGCGGAUUUAUUCUUGAAGUGGGGAAACAGAAAAAGACUAAGAUGUGUAAGAGUCAGAGACAGACCAUCUCAUCUCCCUUCCUCUUUCCCCGACGGCAGACUUCGCCGGAGAAUCACGUCACGCUUCCUCACCUUCCCCGACACCAAACACACCUUCACUCAACAAUCCACCCGUCUCACCAGGAACUCUGAGGCGGCUACGCAUCGAUCGGAGAAGAGGAAGUUGUCGCCAGAGAAGGAUGAUAAGCAUUAUUCGACAAGAGGGUCUGGGUUGGGAUUGGAUGAAAAGGGAGAGAAUGGGAAGAUUGUUGCAGGAGAAAAUGGCGGAGAGGAGAGUAAAAGUAAGGGGGCUGUUUGGCCUAAAUUAUACAUAAGUUUAUCAAGUAAAGAGAAAGAAGAGGACUUUAUGGCUAUGAAGGGGUGUAAGUUACCUCAGAGACCCAAGAAAAGGGCUAAGAUGAUUCAGAGGACUUUGCUUUUGGUGAGUCCAGGAGCAUGGUUAACUGAUCUGUGUCAAGAAAGAUACGAGGUGAGGGAGAAGAAGACUACUAAGAAGAGAGCAAGAGGAGGUGGUUUGAAGGCGAUGGGAAGCUUUGAAAGCGAUUCAGAGUGAACUCAGAGAACCGUUAAAGCAGAAGCAGCAGCUGCUAAAGAUGAUCCUCUCCUCCCUUUUUUCUUCAUACAAUAGUUUUUGGUUAAUUUGGUUUUGGGGUUGGUGGGGGGUUGCUGCCUGCUGAUUUAAUAUAAUUGAAGAUGGUGAAGGGUUUGGUUGAGAAGAAUGUGUAGUUUGAAGCAUGUAGCAGCCAGAUGAGGAAAUGAUAAGUAUGUUGUCUCAAAUCUUGAUUUCAUGUCACCGCCCUCAGUGGCUUCUAGUAGUAUGGAUGUAAAUUAGCAGUAGCAGAAUUAACAGCGCUUUAAAUGAUUCAUCUCAGAAUCCAAUUUAUUUCUUCUUA